ACCAAUCAGUUGAUAACCAGCGGUCAUGGAGCCCAUCACGGCAGUGGCCAACGCGUCCAACGUGGCCAACCCUCCGACGGUUCCCGCAGCCCCAAAGCGGCCCACGCAACAGGGUCGCAAGAAGUCGGGACCCAAGUUCGAGCUGUCCGAGGCGCAGAAGUCGGACAUCAAGGAGGCCUUCGAUCUGUUCGACAACGAAUGCACUGGCUACAUAGAGGUCAAGGAGCUGAAGGUGGCCAUCAGAGCUCUGGGGUUCGAGCCAAAGAAGGAGGAGAUCAAGCGAAUGAUUGCCGAGAUCGACAAGGACGGCAGUGGACGCAUUGCGUUCAACGACUUCUUGCACCUGAUGACUAUGAAGAUGGCUGAGAAGGACACCAAGGAGGAGAUCCUUAAGGCCUUCCGACUGUUCGACGACGACGAGACUGGAAAGAUCUCCUUUAAGAACCUGAAGAGGGUGGCCCGCGAACUGGGAGAAACUCUGACGGACGAGGAGUUGCGCGAGAUGAUCGACGAGGCUGAUUUGGACAACGACGGCGAAGUCAACCAGGAGGAGUUUCUGAGAAUCAUGAAAAAGACCAGUUUGUAUUAAGAAUCAGCGAUCCUUUUUCUUAGCACCUUGUCCUUUUUUGUAUGCCUUCUUUCCACAUAAGCUUUAAAAUAUAGAAAGUUCAAACCCUAACUACGCUCCUCUGGACUUAUUCGGAAACUGUGCUUUUGGCCCACUUAAAAACAUUAUAAAUUUGUAAACAAAAAAUUUAAAUAUUGAAAAU